GUCAAAUUCAUUGGUUCAAAUUCUAACACUUCCAACACCUUUCCCUUUCUCUCAAGAUUCUAAAGAUCAUCAGUGACAAUCAAUUUGGUGUUACAACUUUCAAUUCAAACGUACACACACAAAGAAAACAAAACACACACACAACACACAAAACAAGCGCGUGAAUUAAGGUUUUAAUCUUGUGAGAAUAGUACACAACUCACACUGAACUGCCCUCUUACAUCACAUUUUGUCCCCAAUCUAAACACUUUAACUCCUCUCUUCUUCACCCAAUUUCAAUCACUCACAACUUUCUCACUCAAACACUCUCAACUAAACUCAACUUAAUUUUCUUGAAAACCCCAUUUUUCAACAUGACCCACCGCCGGUUCUUGAAAUUCCGGCCGCCGCCGGCGACUUUUGCCCAAUAAAGUCCGACCCAUUAAGCCUUUUUCAAGAAUUAACCAACCAAGAAGCCUAAAGAUUCAAUCUUUAUCAUAAAGAUUGGAACUUUAUCACAAACCCACCUGAAUUGUUGAAUUUUAGUCCAGACCCACGAGUUAAUUCACUCUAUAAUCAUACAUUUCUGUAAUGGCGGCUGCAAAUAGUAGCUCUGCUGCCAUGGCUACUCAACAAGCAGCUACAGAGGAGACUGAGGCCAAAGGAGUGCAAAAACGUUAUGAAGGAUUAGUAAUGGUUAGAACUAAGGCAAUUAAGGGGAAAGGGGCUUGGUAUUGGACUCAUUUAGAGCCAAUUUUGGUUCAUAAUUCCGAUACAAAUGAACCGAAAGCUGUGAAGCUUAGGUGUGGGUUAUGUGAUUCAGUUUUCUCUGCUUCAAACCCAUCAAGAACUGCUACUGAGCAUCUUAAAAGAGGGACUUGUCCCAAUUUUAAUUCUGGAGGGGCUACAGCCCCUGUUCAGUCUCCUGCGCCACUUAGUGUAGCUUCUCCGAAGAAACAUAGUGGGAGGAAGCGCAAUUCUUGUUUUUCAGGUGGGCGUGGUAGUGGUAGUGGUGGGAAUAAUUGUAAUGAAUAUCAAGUUCAGGCUGUUCAGCCAGUGGCUAUUGGUGAUGCUUCAAGGUUUUCGGGUGAGGUUGGUUAUGCUUUGGCUGUGGUUGGUGGUGGUGGAGGGGGGAUGGCUGGGCAGCAACAUCAGCAUUACGAACAGAAACCGCAAUUGCAACAGCAGCAGCAGCAUUUGGUUUUGUCAGGUGGGAAGGAAGAUUUGGGUGCAUUGGCUAUGUUUGAGGACAGUGUAAAAAAGUUAAAGAGUCCAAAAGGUUUACCUAAUAUGAGUUUAAGUAAAAUGCAAGUUGAUGCAGCACUUGAUAGUCUUGCUGAUUGGGUGUAUGAUUGUUGUGGUUUGGUGUCAUUUUCGUCUUUGGAGCAUCCUAAAUUUAAGGCAUUUCUUAAUCAAGUUGGGUUGCCGUCUGUAUCGAAAAAGGAAUUAUCCGGGGAAAGAUUGGAUGUUAAGUAUGCUGAAGCUAAGGCGGAGUCAGAAGUUAAGAUUCGUGAUGCCAUGUUCUUCCAGAUCGGCUCUGAUGGAUGGAAAUCAAAGAAUUACGGACAUGUUGGUGAGGAGAAUUUGGUUAAGUUGGGUUUGAAUCUUCCGAAUGGGACAAGUGUGUUUCGUAGGGCGGUUUUUACUAGUGGAUAUGUGCCCUCUAAGUAUGCCGAAGAGGUUUUGUGGGAGGUAAUUUUAGAUAUAUGUGGGAAUAAUGUGCGACAAUGUGUAGGUAUAGUUGCUGACAGGUUUAAGUCCAAGGCAUUGAAGAACUUAGAGAAUCAGCAUCACUGGAUGGUGAAUCUCACUUGUCAGUUUGAAGGGUUUAAUAGUUUGAUUAAGGAUUUUAUGAAAGAACUUCCUUUGUUCAGAAAAGUUAUUGAGAAUUGUUCGAAACUAGCGACUUUUGUCAAUGGCAAAUCUCAACUUCGAAAUAGUUUUCACAAGUUUCAAUUGCAGGAAUAUGGGCACGCUGGGUUAUUAAGAGUACCCUUUCAUGGAGAAAGAUUGAGUUUUGGACCUGUAUGCACUAUGGUGGAAGACAUAAUGAGCUCUGCUAGGGCCCUCCAGUUGAUGUUGCUUGAUGAUACAUAUAAAUUAGUGUCUAUGGAAGAGCCACUUGCUCAAGAAAUUGAAGAAAUGAUGAGAAAUCCCCAUUUUUGGAAUGAACUGGAAGCCAUACAUUCAUUAGUGAAACUGGUUAAAGGAAUGGCCGAGGAAAUAGAGUUGGAGAGGCCACAUGUCGGGCAAUGCCUUCCACUCUGGGAAGAUCUCAGAGUUAAAGUGAGGGACUGGUGUUCAAAAUUUCACAUUAUUCAAGCACCUAUAGAAAGAGUGAUUGAAAGGAGGUUUCGAAAAAACUAUCACCCAGCUUGGGCUGCUGCAUUUGUACUUGAUCCCUUGUAUUUGAUUAGGGACAUCAGUGGGAAGUACUUACCGCCAUUCAAAUGCUUGACACCUGAACAAGAGAAAGAUGUUGACAAACUCAUAACAAGGCUUGUUUCCAGGGAAGAAGCUCACAUUGUACUAAUGGAGCUUAUGAAAUGGAGAACAGAAGGGCUUGAUCCAGUGUAUGCCCAAGCUGUCCAGUUAAAGCAGAGAGACCCCACUACAGGAAAGAUGAAAAUUGCCAACCCCCAGAGUAGCAGGCUUGUAUGGGAAACUUACCUUACCGAGUUUAAGGCACUCGGGAAGGUUGCAGUAAGGCUUAUCUUUCUUCAUGCAACUUCAUUUGGGUUCAAGUGCAAUGCAUCUUUCUUAAGAUGGAUUAGUGCCAAUGCACAUUCCAGGGCAGGUAUGGACCGGGUUCAGAAACUGAUAUUUGUUGCUGCUCAUUCAAAGCUUCAGAGGCAGGUCUUUUCUCAUGAUGAAGAUAAGGAUGCAGAAUUAUUGAUCGUGGAAAACGGCGGUGAGGAUAAUGCGCUAAAUGAAGUUUUUGUUGAUGCAUCUUCUAUGUAACAUUCAUCUAUUCGACCUCUGCUUUUUUCAUGUCCUAGAAUUAUGAGUCGUAGGAAUUUUUUCUUAUUUGUUCUUUAUAGUUGUUCCCUCUACUUAGUAGUUAGUCCUUGGUUAAGUUAACUCUAAAAAAUCAAGAUUGAUAGAGGGAACAUUAAAUGUGAAAGAAUUUAGAUCCCUGCUUUAGGAUUUUUAAGUAUUAAUGAUUUCUUUAGAA